CGGAGCGGAGGAAAGAAACAAACCUAACGAUGCAAGUUAUCGAGAGGAAUUGAUUUGUAAAGCAAACCGAACAGUCUAUUGGAUAUAUUGUUCGGGAAAAAACCCACCAAUUUGGAUUUUAAAGAGCCUUUUAAAACUUCAUGUGAAAUGGAUAUUGCCACUUAUAUACAGAGCUUUGAAAGCAGUAUGAGCUCCUAUACAGGAGCCGACCCUCUGGAUCAAUGGGACAAGUUUGUGAAAUACCUGGAGCAAACAGUACCUGCAGAUGGUGGCAGCGCAAUGUCACUGGUGUUUGACAGUCUUGUACAGAAGUUUUUGAAUGUCCAGCAAUACGCAAAUGACAUCAGAUAUGUGAACUACUGUAUCAAAUGUGCGAGUUAUUACUCCGACCCCAUUGCACUGUAUAGUCUCAUCUUCAGUAAGGGCAUCGGCACCAGGACUGCUGCCCUCUAUGUGGCCUGGGCACAGCAGUUUGAACAGAGGGGGAUGAAUGAACAGGCUGACGCCGUGUACCAGAAAGCAGUGGAAAACCAAGCUCAGCCAGUCGACACUGUUCUCAGUGAACACAGGCAGUUUCGAAUAAGAACUGGAAACCAGACACCAGUAUCAGCAGGAGGUCGGACCCCUCUGCAAAACUCCCAAUUAACCAAUCAGAUGUCAUCCCACAGAGAGCCUGUAGCUCAAAACAACGCCUCUGUGGAUUGCCUACCCAAACCACCUACAUAUAAAACUACCAUUAUAGUCUCUCGCUCCGAGACUUCAGGGACGAUCCCUUCCAGUCGCCCCAGCGUUGAGACUGUGUCAGAAUACAUGACGGAUGAACUUGUUUCUGAGGGAUCUGAAUUAUGCUUUGAGGAGGUCCGAGCAGAAAAAUACUUCCGUAAGCUCCGGGAAAAGCAGGAAAAGGAGCAAAGAGAAAUCAUGGAGAAGGCUCGGAGGCAGCAGGAAGAGGACAUCUUGAGCAUUACAUCUAUUUUGGCGAGAGUAAACCAGGAUCUGGAGGCCUGUGGAGGUGCAACUAGCCAGCCUUCGUCACAGUGGCUGCCUGCAGUAGAACCAGCCACCACACUGAACCCUAAUCCUACCCAGCAGUCCUUUGGGCGCCCUCAGCCCUCGAACCGUCUGAGCAGCAGGCGAUCUCUUGGCUUGAGAUUACACACUGAGCCAACCUUCAUCCAAGAAGCGAUCACCAUCCCCCAACCCACUCAGCUGCAGCAGCAGCAUAACACCAUGGCUGCAGACACGAACACUCCGAGCCCAGAGGUGUCCCUUCAUCCUUCCGUCCUGGCUGACAGGAGCAUUCAUUUACCACAAUCUGCACUGACUUCAGCGUCCACAGACCGAGCACCUAUUGUCCAGGCCUCAAUGGUUCAGCAGCCUGCCAGCUUUGAUCAGAUGAACCUGUCACUCCACAAACCCGCAUGCAUCUCUGCUGUGAACACUGAUGCUCUCUACCAGGAUAAUGGAGCUCAGCCUGGCGGCUCUGAGAGCUGUCGACCUGAGGAGCAGAACACAACACAUCAGGAUGUGACUCACCGACCAGAGCUCGAGGACAAACUCAACAUGUCACAGGGAGGCACAGCUAACCUGUCUCACAUCACUCCUAACAACUCACUGGGCUAUGUUCAGGCCACACCAUCAAGGGUGCUGCCGUCACCCACAGUCAACACACGGGAAGCACUGGACGUGAUCAUGGACAUGUUCCAGGCCCCAACUCUCCUGGAGGAUCCGUUCAACAACACAUCAGUGCUUAACACCACUGAGAGGGAGGUUGAUCUCGACUACCCAAGAAACGGAGGCAUCUCCUCUUUGACCAAGCCAACGACCGCAGCACCAUUCACCGUCUUCCAGGAUGAUGACACUGACAAAGAAAAUUGCAGGGCUGCUGCUCCUGCUGCAGUUGAAAAGUCUAAACCAAUCAGAGCGCUGGCAGAAAUUCCAGUGACUAACAAACCUAAUGACACUCCUCCGGACCUGAUACCAGAUGAGAGCACCAUGUGGGGAGCUCGCUACAACUCCCUUAACUCGCUGGCUGCUUGUCCCAACAGCACCUCAGACUUCGCCAUGGCAGCUCAGUGUGUCUCCACUCCGUUCACACACAAGACGUUUUUCAGCGGGACCUUUUAUGAUGACCAAGAGAUGAACUGUGAUGGUGGAGAAGCUGAUGACGAUGCUUUCAUCAGACGUCAGCCAAAAAAACUCAGCCCCAUCAUGGAGCAGAGUCCACUUGAUGAGACAGCCUGCAGUCAGCUUGAGCCAUCCUCUGACAGACAUGGUACCAUCAUGGUUAAAGGGCUUGCCACGGCCCAGCACUGCCUGACCACCUCCUCCAUCACCAUGGUGCUACCUCCCCCUCCUGCUGUCCUGUCCUUCAGAGACCAGACUACAUGUCCUACCGACUCCUCCAUCCCCAGGACCACAGCACCCAGCUGGGAGGUGUACACGAGCUCUGAGCAGCCUCCCAAACAGGCCUCUCUGCUCUCACAGCCACCAGAGAGUUCAGUCAGACCCAAAAGUGAACCUUUCACAAUCAUGGAAGAUGAAGACAAACCUGCUAGUCCUCAGCGGCUUCAGAAACAAGUCUAUGAUGUCCCCAUGAGCCCGGAGUGCGCUCUUAAACCGGACUGGCUGACUGUCAGAAGCCCUGAGGUCACAGUUGAGCCAGACCUGGACGCCUUCCUAAGUCCUCGUCAGCUCAAUAAGAACGCUGUCACCAACAGGACCCUGGAUGUCCCCAUGAGUCCACAACUGCCGCAACUCUGCGACGAUGUGCCCAUGAGCCCAGCGCAGCCGCCGAGGGUCAGUGCUGAGGAUGAGCCCAUGAUGAGUCCAGACAGAGGGUUAAGGUCGAGCGCUGAUGUGCCCACGAAUGCAACAACAGCUGUAGUCCAGCUGACAUCUGAUCCCUGGGAUGAUACACGGAUCUCUGAUCUGCUGUCAUCACUCACCCCGCCUAUCACAUCUCACCCCCGCUGCAUCACCUGGCAGUGCAACGUACCCAACAUCACCCCAAAGAUUACCAUCAGCAUGGGAAAAGCGUCCCUGCGAGUCGACUGUAUCCUCGGAGAAGGUGCUUUUGCCACAGUUUACCAGGCCACUGACCCUGUGACCUCAGAGAGGAUGGUGUUAAAGGUUCAGAAGCCAGCCAAUCCCUGGGAGUUUUAUAUCAACACACAGCUGGAUGCUCGACUCCGACCCACCGUCCGUCAUCUCUACAGCAACAUCCGCUCAGCUCACCUGUUCCACAACGGGAGUGUGCUGCUCGGUGAGCUUCACAACUACGGCACUUUACUGAAUGCAGUUAACAUCUAUAAAACCCUGAGUGACAAAGUGAUGCCUCAGCCUCUCGUCAUGUACUUCACCAUCUGUAUCCUGCACAUGGUGGAGCAGCUGCAUGACAUCCACAUCAUUCACGCCGACAUCAAACCUGACAACUUCAUGCUAGGAGAAAGGUUCUUGGAGAACAAGUGUUUUGAGUCGGAGAACGUGGACCAUGGCCUCGUCCUCAUCGACCUCGGGCAGAGCAUCGACAUGGAGCUUUUCCCAGAGGGCACUGCUUUCACCGCCAGUUGUAGGACGUCGGGCUUCCAGUGCACUGAGAUGCUCAGUGGGAAACCCUGGAACUAUCAGACUGAUUACUUUGGAAUAGCAGGGACCGUCUACUGCAUGCUGUUUGGGACGUACAUGCAGGUCACAAAUGAAGGCGGCGUGUGGAAGACAAACGGUGUAUUCAGAAGGAACCCCCACAGCGACUUGUGGCAGGAGUUCUUCCACACUCUGCUGAACGUGCCGGACUGCGGCUCCCUGCCGAGCCUCCAGAGCCUCCGCUGCAAGCUAACAUCGGCCCUGCAGCAGAACUACAGCAGCAAACUGCCCACUCUCAAGAGCCGCCUUGUGGUGCUGUUGCUGGAGAGCAGAAAGGCAGCUCGGAGAUGACGGCAACGCCCGAGAGCCUGAGGCAGAUCUGCUUUCCUUCACCUCGCAGUUAAAUUAAACAUUUUAAAGAUGUGGUUAAACGUCACUGGAGGAGGAUUUGAUCAUCUGGUCAGAAUUUUGUACAUAUAAAAAAAGUAAAUAUAUUUGAGUUGUUUUUUCAUUGGUUUGAUUUAUCUGCUUUCAAAUUGAUUUACUUUUGACCAUUUGAAGAAUAAAGUGUGUGUAAAAGUAGAUGAGAUGGUGGAGUGUAUUCUGCACGAGUUAUCUGAUUGCACAGGUUUUUCAGAUGGAAAUUUUUUUGUUUUGCUGUUUACUUGUUAUUUUUUUAAUCGACUUUAUUUGUGUGAGCCAUUCGAGGCCUCCACAACAUGCUAAUUCUGUUUUUGUCAGAUUUUUUUUCUCAGUAUUUAUCAGUCAUUUUGUUCUUUAAACAGGGAUGUUAUGUGUACACUUUCUGUAAAAAUGAAACUGAGCAGAUGAUUUUGCAUUUUGUUUUGUCUCUUUCACCAAAGUGGUCUGCACAGUGUCACUUUUGACAAAACCAUCAGAUGGCACUAAAGUCAUACAUUUUUAAAUCCUGCACCCAGGGGCUUUAAAGCUGCACUAAUCAAUAUAUUUCUUUUCUACAUUGGAUCAAAUGAUUGUGCGUCAUGUGAACGGAGGUGUUCUCAUCACCAACUCUGCAGCUCUCCGGAGCCAUUUUGCCUCAUUUCAUCCCUAGUUUAGGUUUUUGUCACAAUUCCUGGUUCAGUUUCAGUGGAGAGACACUCAUUACUACUUGGAUCACAUUUUUUUAAUCCAGUUUUCUCUAAGUACAUGUUUAUCAUGUUUCAUACCUCCCAUACCUGUGCAAUAUGUAUUUACUGUAACCACUAGGAGGGUGUGAGGGGGAUUAGUUGGUUUAAAAUCAGAUCCAGAAUCAGCGUGUGUUAAUGUCAGUCUGAAGCCUCAGUUCAACUCAUCCUCCCUCACCUCAUAUGUCUGUUACCUGUUCAGACCUGCAGCUCAGCUCACUGCAUUUUUCUGCCUGAAUGUUUUCAAGAUCCUCUAGUGUCCCCCCUCAGGGAUCU